ACGGCCAGUCAGUCGCGCUCCAGCCGCCGCGGUGGAAGGUGCUUGUCGCUCCCUCUCUUUCGUUCGUAGUAGCCUCGCGCCGGAAACGCGGACUCCCUUCGCGCCAAAAACAAACGGAUUGUUCUCCCUCGUGCUCCGUGACACAUUGUGCAAACAAAUCAGUGGUCCUCUCGUGUGUCUCGCCGUUAUAUCGAGUGUUAACGAGAAUCGAGCACGUUGUGCGAACAAGUUGGCGCGUUACGCAACUCGUUGAUUCGCGCCACGCGGGAAACAGCGAACUUGCGGUGCAUCCUUCUUCUUCCUCGUUUUCGCUGUCACGCAGUUGCUUCAAGGACUGCCCGGACACGCGACUUGACGAUCGCAAGGACUCCCGAAAAUUCUAAAGUGGACAUGCAUAUCGAAGAUCGGCCUGAAGCUGCACACCGAUGACGCAAGGUCGCGUAAAAUCGGCCAAUCUGCCCUGCCAUUCUCCCCUACUAUUUCACCUUUAUCGGGUGAAUUUCACGGGUCGGAGUUCGCGGAAUAAAGGGAGGAAAGAGCGUUCAGAUUACGGUUUCGUCUUAAAUCGAGCGUACGAGGAACGGUCGCUUUAUGUUCUCGCCAAUACGUGACCCUGUACCCUACGAUCUGCCAGACGUGCACGCGCCGACGUCGAGAGUCGGUGACGAGGUGACGACGAUCGCGACGACGACGACGACGACGACAGAGACGGAGAUCCGCGAAGAAACGAAUCAACCAAUGAUGGCUAAAAGCGCUGAGAGGCUGCCUGGCACUUCCACCAGGCUGAGGACCAGAGACGACGGCUGCUGCUCCGUGAACUUCCUGAAAUACGUUCUUCACAUUUACAACGUGGUGUUGUUCCUGUCUGGACUGGUUGUGGGCGGAAUCGGUAUCUGGACGGUGAUUUCGAAGCACAGCUACGUGUCCCUGAUGGCGACUGUCACGUACCCGAUUCUAGCAUACGCUUUAAUCGUCGCAGGUGUCCUGGCUGUGGUCGGUAGCUGGCUCGGAUGUGGCGGUGUAACUGCUGAAAAUAGAUGCGUUCUUCUCAUAUACGUGUUCGUCGUGAUGCUGGUGUUCGUGCUGGAGGCAGGAGUGGGCGCGCUGGCGCGACUCUAUGAGGAGCAAGUCGGCCCUGAAUUCAAGAUGACUCUUAAUCGUACCUUCCUCGAGAACUACUCCGUGAGGAGCAGGGAAACUGCCGCGAUCGACCAGAUGCAGAUAGAGUUCAAAUGCUGCGGAGCCCUGAGAUUCGAGGACUGGCUGGUGAGUGAGUGGCACAAAGACGAGGAUGUUCUGAAGGAAGGGAGCCUCGUGCCCACUAGCUGCUGCAAAACCCCGACGCCCCUUUGCGGAAGGAGGGACCAUCCAUCGAACAUCCAUUACACGGGCUGCAUCUACAAGUUCCUGGAGACGACGAAGGACCACUUGAUAAUCCUGGGCGCGGUGGGACUGGGCCUGUCCGUGCUUGAGCUGUUCGGGAUCGUCCUUGGCUCGUGUCUCUACAUAAAGCUCAGACACGACUUCGACGACUGAGGAUUGCUUCAAGUCCGCGAGAGCAACAACAACGGCCGCUCGUGGUGCAGAUACAUGCAGAACGACGCAGGAGCCGUUUGAUCGCCGGCGCGGAUGGGCGCGGAGGAACGGUUGGCGUCCAAAGACGAGCCGUUUUCUCUCGUUGUUCGUCGUUCAGGAUGUCCCGCGUUCCUGGCUCUUCCUCCGCGCCACAAAGAGUCCAGACUGCGUGAUUCGUCCCCCCUGCGGGCUGAAACCGCGCACAAAGCGACUCGGGAAAAAAGCGAGCGGAAAAGGAGAUCGUGCGUGAGUUUCAGCCACCGCAACGGCGGAAAUCAUCAAAGAGCUGCUGCCCCCUCCUCCGUCGACUCUGAAUCUCCGUUAUCCCCGUGGCAUUUCGCGAAAAGGGGGCAACAAGAGGAACGCGGAUCGCCGGAAUCCCAGGGAAUCGAUGGGAAACAGCCAACGACGGAGUCUAGUUUCCCUCGGUUGGCCGACGCGCCCGAAGGAGGACAGAGAAGAGGAUGACAGAGGACGUCUCUCGUCCUGGUCUCCUUUGGCCACUGGACGGGAACCUAGAGGCUGGAUUCCGAAGAAAAGGGAAGGCUCUUUCGACUCCAGUGACUCCUUUCCUUGGACGAAUUUCGAUUGGCUCUGACGGAACGUCGUUGCACCUCUAAAACCGUACUCGCUACUUCCGAGGAAAACGUUCCAACGACCGCUGGCCAUUUUUCAACGUGUUCCGUGAUUUCUGGGCAGUGUUGGGCAACGUAGUUCGUGAUUACGGUUAGAGUACUACAGCGAGAAGAGAACCGAGGGGCAUUCGAGUUGUAUAAAAUUUCAACAACAGUGCGUGGAUCCCCUCGAGUCUCUCCUCAGCAAGAAAUAGGAUUAAUCGGCCUCGAUCAGCUAUGAAAGAUAGCAAAUUAUUGAUUUACGAUUGCGGAUUUAAAGUGUGAUCUGAUCUAACAGUUUCAAGCGAUUACUUCGAAAGUAAUCGCAAUGUAAUCACUGCCCAACCCUGUUUCGGGGACUCUGAUCGACAUCCAAAUUAUUAAAUGCUCGUUGGCGACGAACGAACUUUACGGAGCAGUCCGUUAUAUCGUCAGCGAGGUUACCAUGGCACAAAUCAUGCUCUCUUUGUACACUGCCGUCGCCGAAUUCGCGCAAACGAUUCUGAAGCUUUUUAGCACGAGGAGCAAGGUGUAAUUGUUAAGGUGGAAUUAUCCGACGCUUGUAAUGUUUUUCCAAUAUGUGUUUUAGUCGUGGGGGUAGCAAGUCGGAGUAAUUUAUUAUCUUUGGCAGGACCAAAUUGAGGCACGGACACUCUGAGAUUAAUUUGAAGAGAUUUUAUUCGUGUACAAUCACGAAACACUACAAAAUUUUAAUGUCUGCAACAUUGUGGUAAACAAUACUAUAGUUCUAGAGCCCUAAAUGGCCCGACAGGCCCUACGAUACGCGCACUGUUAUAAAAGCAAUCCAUUGUCGAGUGUUUACACGCCUGACGCAAUCCAGUACGUUGAAGAACGUAGCCAGGUAAACGAAAACAUGCGUCUUCAUCGCGUCGUUACAAAAGCGUCCCAUUCCGACAAGGAAUUCCCCCUUAGAGGCUCAUUGGAACGAAGCAAGAGAGCCGUUAGCCAGUAAAAUCGCGACUUACGUCCCAGCGCAGGUCGCGAUCGAACCACGCCGCCGUUCCUCGGGGACGAGUAGUACCCAUUUGUCGAUAGAACGGACCACUAAAUCGUCCUGCUUUUUCACGAAAAACAAAGAGACAGAGAGAGAGAAAAAGAGAGAUCUGAUCAGUCGAGCAACGACGGGAAACGAUCGGUCUUCGCCGACGAACGUCCGAUCCGCGUUCUUGGAUUUGCUUGUAUCGCGAUGCGUUCUUCUCCCCAUUCUCUCCUCCCACCCCCUUAAUUUAUUCGACAUGAUCGGAGCUAAUCUUGCGCAUCGUUUACCUCCAGAACGCGUAUCGGCUGUCCACGAGCGAAAGAUCGACUCGAAUCGGUCGUCGACCUCGUACGUGAACUGUAAACAGUGCCUUGAUGAAAAUAAUAGCGUUAUUAAAGUCCAGAGAUAUUUUAAACGAUCGACUAUGUAUAUUCGAGGAGAGUACGGAAAUGCGUUAGCGUUGUAAAUGUACGUACAGUAUUUAUAUACAUAUACAUAUAAUAUAUAUUUAUCUGUUGCUUCGCAGGUUAAUACAAGAGCCUUCGCACAAUUAUUUAUAACGUGUGCUGACGUUUAGUCGUACAACAAAAACUUUCGAAGCGUGUUGAGUCCGCGUUUGUGGGCAAGAAUCGAUCUAAUCUUCUUCUAGAAGAACUCUUCUAGCGAAGAGCUAUCGAGGGCACAUGUGCCAGAGUUCGACAGGGUUCGACCACAUGUGCCUUCGAGUGCUUUGACUCCUCGGUAAGGUACCUUUAUGGCAGUGUGCAUUAAUAUAGCAACAUUGUUUUCAUCCCUGGUUUGGAGAUAACAUCUGACCGAACGCUUACAACAUCGAUUCUCUCCUACAAUCGUAGACACAACUCUGCAUCGGGCACGAGACGAAGUCUAAGACCAUAUUUUACUAUUGUACGAUCGUGCCGUAUGUUAUAUUUUAUUCUUAAUGUUAUUGUCUUCAUUGGUAUUACAUGUACGUGUAUUAUCUGUUAGCGUUUAGGAAAACUUUAUAAAUAUUGUACAUAUCAGACCCUAUUCUGUUACGAAUAAAAACUGAAACCGUA